AUGGGUAUCAAAUUUCUUGAAUUUGUCAAACCAUUCUGUCAGCUUAUACCUGAAAUUCAAAAACCUGAACGUAAAAUUCAAUUUCGUGAAAAAGUUUUAUGGACAGCUAUAACAUUGUUUAUCUUUUUGGUUUGUUGUCAAAUACCAUUAUUUGGUAUCAUGUCAUCAGAUUCAGCUGAUCCAUUUUAUUGGAUUCGAGUUAUUCUUGCAUCAAAUCGUGGUACUCUAAUGGAAUUAGGUAUAUCACCAAUUGUUACAUCAGGUCUUAUCAUGCAAUUAUUAGCCGGUGCAAAAAUAAUUGAAGUCGGUGAUACACCAAAAGAUCGUGCUCUAUUUAAUGGUGCACAAAAACUUUUUGGUAUGGUUAUUACAAUUGGACAAGCUAUUGUUUAUGUUAUGACUGGCAUGUAUGGUAAUCCAUCAGAGAUCGGUGCUGGUGUUUGUCUUUUAAUAAUAAUUCAAUUAUUUGUUGCCGGUCUUAUUGUCUUAUUACUUGAUGAAUUACUUCAAAAAGGUUAUGGUCUUGGUUCUGGUAUAUCAUUAUUUAUUGCAACAAAUAUUUGUGAAACAAUUGUAUGGAAAGCAUUCAGUCCAGCAACAAUAAAUACUGGACGUGGUACUGAAUUUGAAGGUGGUAUUAUUGCUUUAUUUCAUUUAUUAGCUACACGACAUGAUAAAGUUCGUGCAUUACGUGAAGCAUUUUAUCGUCAAAAUUUACCAAAUUUAAUGAAUUUACUUGCUACUGUCUUUGUCUUUGCUAUUGUUAUUUAUUUUCAAGGUUUUCGUGUUGAUUUACCAAUAAAAUCAGCUCGUUAUCGUGGUCAAACAUCAUCAUAUCCAAUUAAAUUAUUUUAUACAUCAAACAUUCCGAUUAUACUUCAAUCGGCACUUGUUUCAAAUUUAUAUGUUAUAUCACAAAUGUUAUCAACAAAAUUUUCGGGAAAUUUUAUUAUUAAUUUAUUAGGUGUUUGGGCUGAUAGUGGACCACAACGUUCAUAUCCUAUCGGUGGUUUAUGUUAUUAUUUAUCACCACCAGAAUCCUUACAAGGUAUGUUAGUUGAUCCUGUACAUGCAGUACUUUACAUAGCUUUUAUGCUUGGUUCAUGUGCAUUCUUUUCAAAAACAUGGAUUGAAAUAUCUGGUUCAAGUGCAAAAGAUGUUGCUAAACAAUUAAAAGAACAACAAAUGGUAAUGCAUGGUCAUCGUGAAAAAUCAAUGAUUCAUGAACUUAAUCGAUAUAUUCCAACAGCAGCUGCUUUUGGUGGUUUAUGUAUUGGUGCAUUAUCGGUAUUAGCUGAUUUACUUGGUGCCAUUGGUUCUGGUACUGGUAUAUUAUUAGCCGUAACUAUUAUUUAUCAAUAUUUUGAAAUAUUUGUUAAAGAACAGAAUGAAUUAGGUGGUAUGGGUACACUUUUAUUUUAA